AUGACUGAUGCAGAAGAAAAAUGUGAUGUGACUGUGCGUGCCUGCGCCUUUGCUCCGAUUAGACAAGGUGUCCUCGACGCAAUCGUGAAGGCGAGAGAAAGAAGUCAUCUCUGCCGGAAUACUGCCGAUCCUGGUUUUGUCGUGGGCCUCUGUGGUUUUUCUCCCAUUCGUGUAUCAACCCGGUCCAAGUUAGCUUCUGUGGGACGUGACAUAUUCUUCAUCCAACCUCUUUCUCUGCCUCGUUUCCCAGCCGCCCUGACGCUCAAGGUGUUAGUUACCAGUCACCCCUCUGGAAGACUUCCGGCUCAACUGGUGGCAGUGGUUUCCUCUCCAGGAACGACCGCGUACCGAAACCAAAGCCCAAUCGCAAGACCAGAGGCUUGA